CGUUCAAUCAGUUUCCGUAGUGAUAGUCGCCCAGAUCUGUUCACUCCACGGCCAUGGGCUCGAAAUAUGCCCCCUGCUAACACAAAGCGGAGAGACAGCAAACUAUGGAGUGAGACCUUUGAUGUCUGUGUCAAUCACAUGCUCACAUCUAAAGAAAUCAAGCGCCAAGAGGCUAUCUUUGAGCUUUCCCAGGGGGAAGAAGACUUGAUAGAAGAUCUGAAGCUGGCAAAAAAGGCUUAUCAUGACCCAAUGCUUAAGCUUUCCAUAAUGACAGAGCAAGAGUUGAACCAAAUUUUUGGAACGUUAGACUCUCUAAUUCCUCUACACGAAGAUCUUCUUAGGCGACUUCAAGAAGUCAGGAAACCUGAUGGAUCAACAGAACAUGUUGGCCAUAUCCUUGUGGGUUGGCUCCCAUGCCUAAACUCCUAUGACAGCUACUGCAGCAAUCAAGUAGCAGCCAAAGCUUUAUUGGAUCACAAGAAACAAGAUCACAGGGUGCACGAUUUCCUGCAGCGCUGCUUAGAGUCUCCUUUUAGUCGCAAACUGGACCUUUGGAACUUCCUCGACAUCCCAAGAAGCCGUUUGGUGAAAUACCCAUUACUGCUCAGGGAGAUCUUGAGACACACACCAAAUGAUCACCCAGACCAGCAGCACCUUGAAGAAGCUAUAAAUAUAAUACAGGGCAUAGUGGCUGAAAUCAACGUGAAGACUGGUGAAUCCGAGUGCCAGUAUUACAAAGAGAGGCUUCUUUAUCUUGAAGAAGGUCAAAGGGAUUCGUUGAUUGAUGACUCACGUGUUGUAUGUUGUCAUGGUGAACUGAAGAACAACAGGGGAGUGAAGCUGCACGUCUUCCUCUUUGAAGAAGUAUUGGUGAUUACUCGAGCGAUCACCCAUAACGAGCAGCUCUGCUACCAGCUGUAUAGGCAGCCAAUUCCGGUGAGGGAGCUUGUGCUGGAAGACUUGCAAGAUGGAGAGGUGCGACUGGGUGGAUCCAUACGUGGUGCGUUCAGCAACAAUGAGAGAAUCAAAAAUUUCUUUAGAGUCAGCUUCAAAAACGGAUCUCAAAGCCAGACGCACUCACUCCAAGCCAAUGACUCCUUCAACAAACAACAGUGGCUUAACUGUAUCCGCCAGGCCAAAGAGAAAGUUACGUGUGCAGGCAAAGCUGGGGUGCUGAACUCAGAGGCACAUUUUCUUUUGUCACCAAAUGGAAGCAGAGUACCCCAGGGAGAAACCACACUUGUUGAGAAAAUGGACCAAUCAGACUGUGAGUCAGACUGCAGCAUGGACACCAGCGAGAUCAGCAUCGACUGUGAACGCAUGGAACAGACAAACUCUUGUGAAAAUGAAAAGCAAAUAGAAACCAAUGUCUGACAAAAACUUACAGUUCAUGGAAGAAAAUCUGUCUCUUACCUGUACAGUAUUUGCAUUCCACACAUGGAACCAUUUGGAGAAGCACUUUUAAAAUAUUUUUGUGAUCAUGUCAAUGCAGCCCUUGUAUUCGUACCUAUGAGUGUAGUACUGUAACUGCGGAUCUGUAUAAGCUGGAAUCUCUUGCAACUCGUGUCCUGUGAUUAUAUUCCAUAAACAGCUAAGGUGGAUGAAAGAGGUACUUGACCAGUUAUUCUCAAUGCCCUGCUGUAAACAGAAUCUCUAUACUACUGUCUAUAAGUGCAUUACAUAAAGAAGCUUUUUAUAAUUUUUAAAGUGCUUUAUAUGCCCUUUAAUGGGGCAGCUGAAGAUGUGGACUUAAUAU